UAUGAUUUAACUUUCUUUAAAUUAAAUGCAAUAAAUGCAUUCAAGAUACGUAGACAUUGUAGUAAUUCAAUUACAAUAGUACUAACUUGUUACCUAUAUAUCUGUCUAAAAAUCUGAAGUUCAUUCGAACAUAAUAUUUUAGCACAAAAUGGAUCCCAAAGAUAGUAGUGAACAUUUGGUAGCCUUAAAGGUGAUGAGGCUCACAAAACCAGCUCUGAUAAGUCCGAAAAUCGUGACAUGUGAUUCAAAAGAUUUGCCAGGUAACAUAUUCAACAAUUUCCUCAAAGAUGAUGCUACUGCAGUUACUCAAAUGGAGACUUUGGCAGCUGGUCAAUUCCUAUUGUUGCCGCAGAGUUUCGGUAACAUUUAUUUAGGUGAAACAUUUUCUUGUUACGUUUGUGUUCAUAAUGAAACCAAUCAACCUGUUCAAAGUGUCUCAAUUAAGGCAGAUCUGCAGACAAACUCCCAAAGGAUACCUCUCACAACCCAACAAAGUCAGACUCCCUCUAUGCUUGAUGUAGACGACACACUCAGCGAUGUUAUACACCAUGAAGUGAAGGAUUUGGGCACACACAUCCUAGUUUGUGAAGUAACCUACAUGUCAAAUUACAACACCCUAGCCUCAUUUAGAAAGUUCUUCAAAUUUGAAGUAAUGAAACCACUUGAUGUCAAGACCAAGUUUUACAAUGCUGAAUCAGAUGAUGUUUACCUAGAAGCACAAGUUCAGAACAUCACAUCUGGACCCAUCACUCUUGAUCAAGUCUCACUGGAGAGCUCACAGCAAUUCACCGUAAAAUCCUUGAAUGAGGAUGAAAAUGGAGAUUCUGUAUUUGGUGAUGUCACAUUGUUGCAACCUCAAGAAAGUUGUCAAUACCUGUAUUGCCUGACCCCUAGGGAAAGCAUUGCAAAUGAAAUAAAGCUUUUAGCUUUAGCAAAGAAUAUUGGCAAACUAGACAUUGUAUGGAGAUCAAACUUGGGAGAGAAAGGAAGAUUGCAAACUAGUCAACUUCAAAGAGUUACUCCUGAUUAUGGGGACAUAAGGUUAACUUACGAAAGCUUGCCAAGCAAAGUGGCAGUUGAUGAGCCAUUCAAUUUUAAAUGUAAGAUAGUCAAUGCCAGUGACAGGACUUUAGACCUGAUUCUGAAGUUACGGUCCAAUACGGACUCAAGUCUGCUGUGGUGUGGUAUAUCCAACAGGAAACUGGGCCCGCUGGAACCAGGCAAGGCAGUACUGGUGGACCUCACUGCACUGCCCAUGAAUACCGGUCUGCACAACAUCACUGGAGUAGCUUUAGUAGACUUGUUUUUGAAAAGAACAUACCAUUAUGAUGAUUUAGCAACUGUAUUUGUAUUUUGAACAUAUUAUGUUUGUAAAUAUUUGCAAUGCUGCUACAUACUUAACUGUCAUUAGGUCAUUACGUUAUAUUAUACAGCUCUUAAAUGAAUAAUAUUGUGCUAUAUUAUAAAUCAGGUUAAUCUGUAUCCAUUUAUCCAGUAUUAAGAGCAAUGUCAUUUAGAGGAACUGUUCUUUAUUCUAUGAAGAUCAAUUAAUUUACUCCAAAUACCUUGUGCCCAUGUAAAGCAAGCAAACAUUCGUUUUUAAAUGGAGCUAGGAUGAAAUAGGAGCUAUAUAGAAUCAAAAUGUUAUGGUUCAAUUCACUUGCUAGCCUUAUACAAGUUAUACAUAUGUGCAAAUAAAACAGUGAUUUUCUGCAUUAAGUACAUCUUCUAAUAUUUA